GGCCAUGGCUUUGGAGAUGCUCGAAGAAGCUCGGGAGGCGGAGCUCUCGGCGCAAUGGGGGAAGCGGAAGGUUUUUCCCUUCAACAACUUCCUGGGUAGCACCGUGAGCCUCUUUGGGACCAUCGCCGCCUUCGUCUGGCUGGAGCUGGUUCUCGACCGGCCGGUAGAUGCGGCCAUCGCUUUUACG